AUGGGCAAUGACGUCAAUCAGCAUGGCUCGAGCUCAAACGAGGAUCAAGACACUCACAGUCUGCGAACGGUGGGCAAUGACUUGGAUCAGCAUGACUCGAGCUCGAACGAGGAUCAAGACACUCACAUCCUGCGAACGGUGGGCAAUGACUUGGAUCAGCAUGGCUCGAGCUCGCACGAGGAUCAAGACACUCACAAUCUGCAAACGGUGGGCAAUGACUUGGAUCAGCAUGGCUCGAGCUCGAACGAGGAUCAAGACACUCACAAUCUGCAAACGGUGGGCAAUGACUUGGAUCAGCAUGGCUCGAGCUCGAACGAGGAUCAAGACACUCACAAUCUGCAAACGGUGGGCAAUGACUUGGAUCAGCAUGGCUCGAGCUCGAACGAGGAUAAAGACACUCACAUGCUGCGAACGGUGGGCAAUGACUUGGAUCAGCAUGGCUCGAGCUCGAAUGAGGAUCAAGUCACUCACAUACUGGGAACGGUGGACAAUGACUUGGAUCAGCAUGGCUCGAGCUCGAAAGAGGAUCAAGUCACUCACAUACUGCGAACGGUGGACAAUGACUUGGAUCAGCAUGGCUCGAGCUCGAACGAGGAUCAAGUCACUCACAUACUGCGAACGGUGGACAAUGACUUGGAUCAGCAUGGCUCGAGCUCAAACGAGGAUCAAGACACUCACAUCCUGCAAACGGUGGACAAUGACUUGGAUCAGCAUGGCUCGAGCUCGAACGAGGAUCAAGACACUCACAUCCUGCGAACGGUGGGCAAUGACUUGGAUCAGCAUGGCUCGAGCUCGAACGAGGAUCAAGACACCCACAUCCUGCGAACGGUGGGCAAUGACUUGGAUCAGCAUGGCUCGAGCUCGAACGAGGAUCAAGACACUCACAGUCUGCGAACGGUGGGCAAUGACUUGGAUUAG